AAGAGAGUAAUUACAUAUUACACAGAAUGAGAAUCCAAGUUCAAGCGAGUGCAUUCAGGAUUUUUACAGUGAAAAAAUUGAACACGGAGUGCGGAAUCAAGCAGUGUUUCAACAGAAUAUUCUAAAAAGCCAGACAAAAUGAGCAAAACAAGUCGCAAAAGGCUUUAACCAGGAGAGAAUCCUAGGACAAGCAAAUGAUCCAAGAUCGUGUGAAGGAACUUAGAGAAAUUGUGCCUAAUGGGGCAAUGGUGAUACACAUCCUUUGACACUUGGAAUUCCUGUUUACUCUUUGAUAUUUUUAUUUUAUUAUUUUCCAAUUUUGUAACUGAAAAUUUUGCUUACUAAUGCUUUUCCUUGACGGAUCAUCUGAUUUCAGUGUAGUAUUGAUGCACUGUUCGAACGCACGAUCAAACACAUGCCUUUCUUACAAAGUGUCACAAAACAUGCAGACAAACUAAAGCAGACUGGAGAGUCAAAGAUUAUCAGUAAGGAAGGAGGAUUGCUUUUAAAGGAUAAUCUUGAAGGUGGAGCAACAUGGGCAUAUGAAGUAGGUUCACAGUCUAUGGUCCGCCCUAUUAUAGUUGAGGAUCUUCCACCAUGGGCAUAUGAAGUAGGCUCACAGUCUAUGGUCUGCCCUAUUAUAGUUGAGGAUCUAAAGCAACCUCGUCAAAUGCUUGUGGAGAUGCUUUGCGAGGAACGGGGCUUAUUUUUGGAAAUAGCUGACAUUAUAAGAGGAUUGGGCUUGACUAUCCUGAUGGGGGUGAUGGAAAACAAGGAACGACAAAAUAUGGGCACAAUUUAUUGUAGAGGUAACCAAUCAAGAUUUGGAUGUAACCUGCUACUUGUACUCUCACAAUUUUUUCUUGGUUGUUUAUCAUUUAGCAUGACUUACAAUUUGCUAUUUAAAAACAGGUGA